AUGCAGUACCGGAACGACGACUGCACCGCCAGCAACAACUUCGCCACCGGCAACGACGGCCCCGCCUUCGACGACGGCUCCACCAGCUACGACUUCGCCACCGUCAACGACCAGGCCGCCUGCCACGACGGCUCCUUCUUCGACGACUUCACCUCCGAGAACGACGGGACCACCUGCCACGAUCUCGCCACCAUCGACGACUGCGCCACCAGCAACGACUACUCCUCCGACUCCCCCCUCUACGACUUUGCCGACUCGUGUCCCGUCAACUACGGCGCCACCGAGCACCACUCGCAAACCAUUUACGACCGCUCCCCCGAGCACUACUCGCAAACCAUCUCCGCCGAGCACUACUCGCAAACCAUCUACGACAGCUCCGCCAAGCGCUACGCGUAA